CCCCGCUCUCUGAUUCGCCGUUCGGGCCAGCCCCACAGACAGUUCGCUGAAUGGCUGCGCCACUACCUGUAUCGGCCUCCGAUUGGGUGCGCGGCGCCUCCCCGGCGUGAUAGGUCGGGACCACCGCCCCCCUGGUUCCUCAUUGGCUGCUCGGAGAAGCCCGGUCUCCGGGUAAGAUGGCAGCGGACGGACAGUGCUCGCUCCCCGCUUCAUGGCGGCCGGUGACCCUUACCCACGUCGAGUAUCCUACAGGUGAUCUCUCUGGCCACCUCCUUGCCUACCUGAGCCUCAGCCCUGUAUUUGUCAUCGUUGGUUUUGUGACCCUCAUCAUAUUUAAGCGGGAGCUGCACACGAUCUCAUUCCUUGGGGGCCUGGCACUGAACGAGGGGGUCAACUGGCUGAUCAAACACGUCGUCCAGGAGCCACGGCCCUGUGGAGGCCCCCAUGCAGCAGUGGGCACCAAGUAUGGGAUGCCCUCCAGCCAUUCCCAGUUCAUGUGGUUCUUCUCUGUCUAUUCCUUCCUUUUCCUGUAUUUAAGAAUGCACCAAACGAACAAUGCCAGGUUCCUGGACCUGCUGUGGAGGCACGUGCUCUCCUUGGGGCUCCUCACUGCGGCCUUUCUAGUCUCCUACAGCAGGGUCUACCUGCUGUACCACACCUGGAGCCAAGUGCUCUAUGGGGGCGUCGCUGGAAGCCUCAUGGCCAUUGCCUGGUUCAUCUUCACCCAGGAAGUCCUCACUCCGCUGUUCCCCAGGAUAGCAGCCUGGCCUAUCUCCGAGUUCUUCCUAAUCCGAGACACAAGCCUCAUUCCCAAUGUCCUCUGGUUUGAGUACACAGUAACUCGGGCAGAAGCCAGAAACAGACAACGCAAGCUGGGGACGAAGCUGCAGUGACCGGUGGGUGUAGCAGGGUCCAGCCUCCAGAUCUGGCCUGCAUGAUGCCUUGUAGGACGGACAGAAUGAUGGACAGAGGGACGAAGCAGAGACCUCUACAGACCCAAGUCACCACGUGGAGCCUUUUUUUUUCUUAUUUUAAUUUUAACAAACAUGGUGGACCAAAGGGCCAAGACAGCCCCUCAACCAGGACCCUAGAGGGUCUGCUGCCUGGGGGCCACAAGGCCAGAGAUCCUCGCUGUGCUGCUGCCAGUCCCGGCCGGGCGGAAAGUGCCCUUGGCAUGGGCACCAGGGUGUAGGGUAGAGAAAGGCUUGUGCCUCUGGUCUUGGGGCCAGGAAUUCCAGGUGGCGUGAAAAGUCACACUAUUUAUUUUUUGGUUUUGUCAAGGCAGAUGAGAUUUUGGAGAUGGGCCCAGAAGAGCCUGCUCUGCAGUGGCUGCCCUGUGAACUGAGAGACCCAGGUCAGCUUCCCAGGCCCUUUGCCCUGAGCCCAGGGGGCAGACUGCCUCUUCCUGGGCCUGAGAAGUGGCCUGGGGGCCAGAAGGAGGGGAGCAUCCCUGUGCCCUCCCUGCCACCAUUGCCAUUCCAGAACCUCGUUCAGUGUUUCCUUGUCUGGGGCAGGGCCAAGAGCGAGCACGUGCCUGGCGGCUGCUAUCAUGUAUUCUACCCUGUGUCAACCCUACACCACAAGGGCUUUCUCUGGUCCCCUGUCCCCAAGACAGUAGUCCCCUUCUGACAAAAGAGCCUGCACAUGUGGGUGAGCAAACCCCAGCUGUUUACAGCUCUUUUUUGUCCUGCCAUCCAGUAGCAGUGAGUCUUCAUCCCCACUCGAACAAAACACACAGGAACCAGGAGCCGGGAGGAGAGGAGUGAGGCAGUGGGUGCUUGAUGUCCCUCACCCUUCCCCCUGUGCACUCUGAAUAUGUCCUUGUCCUUCCUGACCCACCUCCCAUAGGCUGGGAACCUGUGUCCAGGGUGUGGGUUCGUAGAUCCCCACCAGACCAGCUUGGAGGAGGGCUCUUCCUAAAGGGACCCCAUCUCUAAGUCGCUCUGAAACAGUCGUGGACAGGAGAGCUUCCAGUAUCUCGGAAUUUUUGAGAACUGAACCAGGCCACUUGGGACCUGUGUUCAAAUCCCCCCCCUCCCUUUUUCUUUGUGGAAGUUCCUAAUCUGCUGCUGAAGCACAAUAUUUUGGUGCUUUCUUUUCUCAUUUGUUAAAGACAGUGUCCAAAAGCCAUUCCAGAUGCCAGGACCAGGGGCUUAUUUCUAGGGAAGGUAGGUCAGUCCCCACAUUUCCCUUUCCUUCCCUUAUUAUUUUUAUUUUUUACUUUUUGCCUGAGACAAGCCAAGUGUGAGGUGGUUUAAGAAAAAUCAACAAAAUUGUUUACUAUUGUUUUAAAAUAAAAUAUUAAAUUCUCGCA